AUGCAAUUUUUUAAAAAACAAUUUCUUUCUUUUGGCUCAGAAAUAAAUGAUAAUAAUAAUAAUAAUAUCGGAGGUGAUGAAAAAAAUAAUGAAAAUAAAAUAGAAAUGUUUGAUCCAAGAUCACCAUCAAAGUCAAUUAAAAGAACACCAUUUAAAAAAAAUUAUAGUAAUCAAGCUUUCUUUGAUCCAAGAUCACCAUCAAAUAAUAGAUUUAAAAGAUCACCAAUUCAAUUAAAUAAAAUUAAAAAUACCACAAAUAAUAAUAAUAAUAAUAAUAAUAAUAAUAAUAAUAAUAAUAAUAAUAAUAAUAAUAAUAAUAAUAAUAAUAGUAAUAAUAAUAAUAAUCUAUUAAUUGAUCCAAGAUCACCAUCAAAUAAUAAAUUUAAAAGAUCACCAAUUCAAAUUAAACCAAAGAAACAAAUUUCAUUAUUAUUAUUUGAUCCAAGAUCACCAUCAAUCAAAUUCACAAGAACUCCAAUUAAAAUGAAUUUUGAUCCAAGAUCACCUUCCCUUAAAAUCUCUAGAACCCCAAUUCAUAAUUUAAAAAAUAAUAAUGCCAACUUUACAACUACUACAACUACCACCACCACUGAAGGAACAUGUUCAUCACCAUUCACAAAAUCUUUGAAUCAAAACCAAAUUUCAAUUCCAUCAAGUCCAAUUCAAGAGGACACCACUGUAUAUUUAUCAUUUAAAGAAAUGUUAGAAAAUGAAAUCAAAGAUAAUUCUGAUAAAGAAAAAGAAGUUGAGAAAGAGGAAGAAAAAGAAGAAGAAAAAGAAGAAAUUAUUACUGAAAUUGAACCAACAAUCAAUAGUAAUGUUGAUAAUGUUGAAAUCGCCACUGAACCAGUACCAACAGCUAUUGCAACAACAACAACUACAACAGAAAUUGAUACUAUUGAAAAUGUUGAUAUUGAUUCAUUAAUUAUGAAAGAUCUUAAAGAAGAAUUUGAUUCAUCUUUAGUUUUCGAUAAUCAAUUAUCAAGAUCAAGUGAAGUACAAAAACCACUUUAUCAACAACAACAACAACCAUCAACACCAUUAAAUUUACGUUUAUCAAAAUUACAAAAAUCAAAGGAUGUAUUCAGAUCAUCGCCAUCACUUUUAUUAUCACCAAGUAAACGUUUAUCAAUAAUCUCUUCAAGUCCAAAACCAACUAGAAAUAUUACCUCUGGUUCACCCUCUGUAAAUAAUAGUGGUUCUUCAACUCCAACAAAACGUUUCUCUACUAUUGCCAACCAAGAAAAUAAUAAUAAUAGUAAUAAUACAAGUUCAAAUAAUCUUUUAAGUUAUUUUUCUUGUGAUAAUAACAUUAAUAGCAAUAAUAAUAAUAAUAACAAUAUUUCUGUUGGUUCAAUUGAAAACAAUCCAAAUUCGUUCAACAAAAUUAUUUCAAAUUCUCAAACUCCAACAAAACGUUUAUCUACUUUGGGCGGCAGUGGUGGAAUAUCCAAUAAUAGUAGUAAUUUAACACCAACAAAAAGAAAUCCAUCCACACACAAAAUGAAUUUAUUAUCUCAAAAACAUUCUUCAACUUCCAAUUUAACUGCUAUACAUCAUUAA